AUGCUUGAAACAGGGCGUAGAACCGUAAUCAAUACGUCUCAGCUUGGACUUUAUUCCGAUAACGGUGAUCGAUAUCACAGAAAUCGAUACAAUUCUAUUACCAGGAAAUUCGUGAUUGGAGUUAUGGUAGUGGUGGUAGUGGUUUUAAUCGGAAUAUUUUUGUACGAUUUCGCGUCCGCGUCAUCGGUGAACAAUAAAUUGAAUCAGGAAUCGAAGCACAUGUACAUCUUGCAAAAUGCGCUUAAGAAACCGUCGAACUUAACAAAAAAAUUAUACAACUCCACUGUUUCGCCAGAAGUGAAUAGAACCAGCUCCAGCAUUUACAUUCAAGAUCGCUCAGACAAUGAAAGCUAUGAGAAUCUGUUUCCUUACGACGAGGCGGCCGAUCAGAAUGUGGCCGAUCCCGAGUUUAAGUCGCAGAACCUGAACAACUUCAAACUGAGGAAAAGAGUGCUGAAAUCGGUGGACGAGGCGGCAGAGGGGAAACAGUUGUUCGACAAUCACGCGAUUGUUUAUCGUGCGAAGCAAAGGCACAAAUAUCCAGCCUCGAGCGAAGACGAAAGUUCAGAGGAGAGUCGACCGACUCCUUUUCACUGGGAGUUGAAGACACCGCAGCCGACCGCCUUCAAACGUCAAAGGUAUCCCCAGUUGUCCCAAUACAGAUACCCGUACGCGUCCAGGAACAUUCAAGACAUCAUAAAGUAUCUGACGAACGACGCCGACCUGCCGAAUCGGGGCAUCAAGUUCACAGGCGUGUACGUGAAUCCGAAGAAAUACGAUUUGUUCCCCCCUGGGGUGGGGGAGAUGAUGUCCAACAGCGAUAGGUCGGAAGAGGAUGAAAGUUUUUAUCCUUCGAACGAGGAUCCGUUUUAUCAGUAUAAACCGAGACAUCCCACGGACGUGAAUCUGUUGGCCACGUCUAACGUCAGAUUUUCGCCAACCGGUGUUCAUAAGUACAAUUACGAGUAUGGACGGCCUAUGAAUUAUUACAAACCGACAUCUAUCGACACUAUAUACGAGAGUCCAAUUUCUUAUUCCAAUAAUUAUUCCAAGAAACGUAAACCGCAACCGUUCAGCGUGAUGUUGGAUAUUUACCCGAUCACCGACAUCGCGGAGAAUCAAAAUAAGAAAGGGAACAGGCCGAGACAGGUGCCAGUAGAGGAUUACGAGGUGAGAAGGCCGAUUCAAUACAACAGGGGGCCGAAAUUUUAUUCUCCGCCCCCGCAGACCUUGAGCGACGAGGAUGAAAGGCAACAAAUGGUAUUCCACUUAAAUCUGUAUCCAAGAAAGAAGAACAAGAUGACCAGAUACGAUAUUAUUCAUAGAUCGGAAUCCAUGGCGCCGGAAGAACGGCAACAAUUCGUGGAUAAAGUGUGGUCGCCAUUGGAAACGAUAGCUAAGCACUUGGCAGUGGAACAAUCGAAAUUCGUGGACGAUAAAGAUACAAAUUUUCCCUCUACCCGAUACCAAGAAACGGUUCUUGACGACAAGGAUGAGGUUAAGAAGUUAAGAAGAAUCAACGAUUCCGCCGAAUCGAGUGACGAUCCGGGAGAAAUUAGCACGAUUAAAUCUAAGGUUCCCUCUAAUCACAAAUCGAAUGUCGAGGAGGAUUACGCGAGCACCGAGAAGUACGAGAUUGAUGCUAAAAAAAUUGUAGCAACUACGGAGAACGAAUGUGACGAUUGUAGCAGCACCACUGUGAUUUCCAAAGAGACGAGUAUCAACGAGACUGAAAGUAUCGACCAGUUAAAAGACAUCGAUACUAUCGAGGGAUUUACAAAAUUCAGUGAUAACGUUUCUUAAAUUUCGGUUUUUUUUUUUUAAAUUUUAUACCAACGUUCGAUAAAAAUCGUAUCAUUAAAGGGGAAAAAUUUUAAUCUUGAGAUUACGAUCGAAUCGUGUAAAAAGUGUUAGAAGAGGAAAAUAUUCAUCUUCGAAAAAAAAAAGAAUAAAGGAUGAUCAAUCUACGAGACUAUCUUAAUAAAAAAUUGUUACAACCGUUGAAAAUCACGCGAAGAAUUCAUUAAUGCCUUCCCUCAAAAUAUAUUAUAAUUUCUUCUCGCGUAGAUUAUUGAUGUUGACUGGAUUGGACAGUCAUCAAUCUCCUCGCAGGUUUCUUCGUAUUUUCCAUCAGAUCAAAUUAUCUACAUAGCUCCACCUCGCCUUGACAUUUUCGUCGAGG